UCCGCUGCUAGACAGUUUAACUAGUUAAAAAAAUAUAUUUAGUGUUAACACUCAACGCUAUCUUCACUUGUUUAGCUUCUGUACGUCACUGGAGUGUUUUAACCACACAAAACAAGACGUUAUAGUGACGCGUUCGUGCACACUACAUUUCCCACAAUCCACCUAACGCACGUACGUAACGUACGCAACCUACGUACAUUCUGGAAGCUUGACGACGUCGUCUCUCAGAUUAGCUAGCUAACGACAGUUUAACCCAGCCUACCAUUCAAGCACUUUACACCACAUGGGCCUUUAUUUAUUUCUGCUGGCAGGUGAUGUUAUUACAAUAUUAAACCAGUCAGACUUGAACCUGCUCGCCCUGUUUGCUGUGUGCUCAUGUGGAAUGCGAAGUGACGGAGACCAAGCCAGCAAAACAUCAACAACAAUAACAACCAAGGGGCAGGGCAGCCGCGCGGGUCGGUCUGUAACGAUACGUGUUUUUAGUUAACUUGUGCAAAAGUUGUUGUUGAAGCGCAGAGAUGAAGCUGUCAUCGUGUGUUACCGUGUCGUGUUUUAGUGCUGGCCGGUUUUAUCCGUAACCGUGACAUGCAGCACUCGUAGCGUUUCAGCUGUCCUGUCAUGCAGACAUCAAACUCGAGCGCCAUGUAGGUUACAGAAAAAUACCGUCAUCAGCUUAUCUGAUUGGUAUCAAACCGAUUUUGUAGUUAUAUACCGGCGUGUUUCUUCACCAUGCAUCACUCUGCACCCACAAGCAGUGGAGUGGGGUUUCUGCCAGCCAUGUAUCCAUUUUCAGGCCCCACUAGCCUCCCUGAAUUUGACCUGGGACCUCCAAGUACAUCUGGACACCUACAGAGAGGAACACUCUCUAACAGUAGCUGGGAGACAAGAUGCCUCAGGAAGCACAGGAGGAGAGUUGACGAUGAGGGGUGCAGUGCCAAAAGGAGGAGGUUAAUGAUCGAGGCAGAAGUGGACGUCGCGGAGGACUCAAACACGAGCACUCGCCACGACUGGCCUGCAACAAACAGCUGCCCUCCUCUGCCCGCACAGCAAGCCAGCCCUGCGACUCCACAGCCCUGCCCAGCGCCUCAGCCUUUGACUUUGCCGCAGCCCUCCGCUGCUCUGUCUCGACCUGAUGCAGAGAGCUCCAGCAUGGAGAUAGAGGCGGCUCAGAGGAGACUUCAGGAGAUUGAAGACAGGAUAACACUGGAGGAUGAUGAUGAGGAUGAAGAUCUGGAUGUAGAACCAGCACCGAGACGACCAGUGCUGGUGAUCUCUGACAGUCUGAAAGAAGGUCUACAGCGCGACAUCAAUGACAUCCUGCCACACACAGUAGCCCAGUCUGUGAGCCAUUCCUGCAUGGAGUUGGUGUUGUGGCGGCCUCCAGACGAUCCCUUCUGUCGGAAGCGUAAGGGCUCAUUACAGAAACUGCGCAAACAACAGACAGUAUCUCGGCAACCCCCGACUCCAUGUCCGUCUCCCACCCCUCACAGUCCUCCAAGUCCACCUGCAGACACACACUCUUCUCUGUACAGCUUUCCUGUGGCCCACAGCUCUGGAGAGGAGGACAUGGAAAUGUAAUUGUGCGCUUGAUGACUUGAAAAGCCAUGCCAAAGUAAAAGACUGGAGGACUCUUUAAGAAGCAUUUUACAUUAGUCAGUUUGGCAUGUUGGCUCUACAUGAAUAUUGUGUUGUUUUGGACAGUUUGUGAAACAUGUCUUUUGCUUUACAGUCACUCAGUUUAGUUGGGUUUUUUUUUUUUGACAAUGUAACAUGUAAUGCUGACCGAAUUAAUCUGCUUUAUCCAUUUAAAUCUUCAAGAUACUGUCAUGAUCUCGAGUCUUUGAAAUGUUCUAUAGACGGCCUUACUUAAACAAUUUUAUAUAACACACAGAAUUGACCUUUGCCCUUAGAAAGAACAUUUGUACAUAAUUUUGCCAAAGAUUGGCCAACAACACACUGAUGUACUAUGAAUUGUAUGAAUUGUUCUUUGUUAAACAUCAGUGUGCAGCACCUGAAUUUUGUACAGUUUGUGUUCGGCUUCUUGGCGUCGUUACCAGGACCUGUAAAAUUGUUCCUGUGUGUUCACGUUUGCUCACAGCAUGGCUCCAUGCUUGCAGUUGUACUUACUGUGGUUAAAAAAAAGAUUUAUCUUCCUAUAGCGCUUAGCAAGUACGCCACCUGUGAGCUUUGAGGAAUUUUUGUAAAGAAGUCACGGAAAAUGCACCUUUUUAUGAUUUUGAUUGUAUUUUCAUAUGUACAUUACCAGAAUCAGCCAUCCAGCCAGUGUUAUGACUUUUUAUUUGUUUUUAAAUAAACUCUUGUCCAUGUGGAGA